CGAUAAAUUGCCCUACUGAACUUCGUUUUUUCUUUCUUUUUGAUUUCUCUUUUCUGUUUACUCAAAAUAUUCCGAUUCCUUGGAGAGGCAGAGAUAGGAUUCAAGUUCGUUUGAAAGAGUGGGUGGUAAUUCAAUGGCGGCAAUUAAAUCAGGGGCAUUGGUUACUUUACCAGAGCUUCAGCCAUCUUCUGAUUUUUUUAAGGAAGGAGCUUCACUUAGAGUAAUAGGAAAGCUGCAAGAGUAUUCCGUGGAGACAGCCAUAGCUGUUAUUGCUGAUCAAGGUGCCACCCUAAAGAUUGAUACGCAGCACUUGAGGGAAAUUGGCUUCCGAAUCGGCUCGAUAUUCCAAUUCAUUGGUGAACUCCAUAUUCAACCCAACAAUGAGGCAGUACUGCAAGCGCGUACUGGUAGGAACAUCGAUGGUAUUGACCUCGAUCUCUAUUACCAAUCUUUGCAGCAAUUAAGGAGGUUCCAAGCCGAGCACAUGAAAAGUGCAGCUACUUGAAUGAAGUUUUAGAUUUGAAUGGACUUGCUUGUAAUUUGAAGGUACUGAAGUAAACUACUACUAAACUUAUGAUUGCCACAAAUAGGAGAAUUUCUUUUUCUUUUGGAAUUGUUAAUGUAA